ACCCGUGAUGAUAGUAGUUAAUGGAUCGUGGGCUGGAACGCCUCGUGUGGUGAUCGUCAUCGUUUCCGUGUCACUAUACUUGCCCUCAUCAACCGUUGCGCCUCGCUUUCGUUACCGUCCGGUUUCCUAGACUUUUAUACACGACACUACACACAGAUCACCGAGAUAAAGGGGUGGAAUUUAUCGUGUGAAAUAUGUAGUGUUUGCGACAAAAGGAAGAAUUUUACAUAGUUAAGUUGCUAGAGCUGCGGUGAUUGUUCAAGUUCGUACACUCGUUCGGUGGCGGGGUCGUCAAAGUACACACCAUCCGGUUGUAAUGUGCAUCGCGAUACGGAAGAAGCAGCUUAACACCAUAUCCACAUCAUAAAGGGACGUCCUCCUCACUAUUUGCGCAACGCAAGUGUUGAGCGGAGUUGAUGACGAUUUUUGAGAUUACCAGAGUGGUCGUGAUGGACGAUUCGCAUUGAAAAAGCAACAGGUUUUUACGCCAAACACCACUACGAACAGCUCUUGAAUGAGGUUUGGGUGGGUACGGAAUCUUUAUGCAACGUGAAGCAAGCACAAAGCGGUACAAGCGUGAUCGGUUGGCGGGUUCGUAGUUUGUAAAGCAACAGAACAUCUUAUCUGACUACGGUAUUUGGUGCUAGCAAAGACAAAAUAUUUGUGCCCACAUUGAACAUGAAUGAUGUGAUUUGAAAAUGAAUUAUCAAUCGUUGUUUGGGAUUGUUGAACGUUCCUAAUUGUUAAGCCGCCUACGAGCUGGGGCAUCCUUCUCCAGCUGAUAACAGAACUGGACUGCCAGCCAUCGAAAUGCUUCUAUAGAUAGGCAGCAGCGAGCGAUAUCCGCUGAAGUAACUCUAAACUAAUUACCCAACACUCUACACACGUCCAUACGAUGGCGAAAGUGAAGCAUCAGGAAACAGACAAUCAAGUGACACCCUCAUCAGAUGGGACCACUGAGACACAACCGCCUUCCGCAGAUGUUGAUGGUGCGCAUGAAAGCAAUGUAGGAACCGUUUGUGCCAUGACCAACACCACCGAUAGUACCAGAGGCAGUCUGUCGAAUAUCUCAAUGACAUCCAACAAUCAUACCAACAACGUUGACGAUGAUUCGAGUGCCUUCGACAGCAGCAGUGACACGGAAUGUGACGAUGAUUCCAUUAAACGGGUUAUCGAUCAGAUACCGAAGGAGCUCAGAUCGGGUGAAUGCGAGAUCCGCGAUGGAGCCCUCAAGAUUGGACCACAAGCGAUCAAUUCGAUCACCCCAGCGAUGCGAUCACCACCCACCAUUGGUUCCAUAGCCCUGCAAAACUCUUCAGAUAUUACGUUCGGCAACAAAACGUACAUUAAGGGGCAGGUUGUGAUUAAAAAUAUCUACAAGGAUCGCCAGAACGGUUACACCAAUGGGGCAUAUGAAAACGAUGCAUGCGAAAUGGUAGCCGACAACUCCACCAAAAAAGAUCCUUCAACAUUGUCACCUUCUCAGCCCAAAUCCUGGCAGUCUAAUAUUAAGGCAAUCAUUAAGGAUAAGCCAUUGCUCAGUUCGUUCUUGAUCAUACUAUUGAUCUGCUUCUUGUGUGCCGUAAUUGCGAUCAUUUGCGUCCUCGCAGCGACAGGUAAAACCAUAUUUAGGCCUACCAUUGGCGACGGAGAUGAUGAUCGUCUUAAUGUCCCGCCGAACAAGGACAUAGAAGAUGAUCUCUUCCCUGAUCCUAAACCUUUGCGACUGGUAACGCGGACCGAGUGGCUGGCGCAGCCUCCAAGAGAAGUGCUCACCGAUCUGAAGCUACCGGUUAACAAUGUCAUCAUUGCGCAUACCGCUACCGAAGGUUGCACAACUCAGCAAUCUUGCAUAGCGAGAGUUCAAUUAAUUCAAAAUAUACACUAUAACCAAGGCUUCGGUGACAUCGGUUACAAUUUCCUAGUAGGAGGUGACGGAAAAGUUUACGAAGGUCGAGGGUGGAACAAACAGGGUGCUCAUACAAAAGGAUACAAUGGUAUCAGCCAUGGGAUUGCAUUCAUAGGAAAUUACGAAACUAUCGACCGGCCGGAAGAUGCACAAAUGGAGCAACUAAUAAGGCUACUUCAAAAUGGAACCGACACUGGUAAACUCGACAUAAACUACAAACUGUACGGAGCCCAGCAGCUAAAAGCCACUUUGAGUCCGGGAAAAUUUCUGAUGGAAAAACUGACGCAAUUGCCCCACUUUAGUCUAGUGAAACCGUUGGUCCCAACCUAAUGCAUUCGGAGAAAGUGCGCCAAAAGACUGACUUGACCUGUUGCGGUUAACGAAACCUAGUGCAAUAAUAGUAUUUAGGUCAAUGGGAAUGACUAGAAAUCAGUCUAGAAAAGGGAAUACCAUAUGGUCAUAUGGUUAGAGUUAAGUUAAAUGUAGCAAUCAAUUAUGGGAAGAACAAUUCUAGCUAAACCGUGUUUAGUACCUUAUCCGAAGCAUCACAGCUGCACCAAACAGGAUCUUUUUGGCGACAAUGUAACCCACAGUUCAAAAGUUUCCAUGAUACCCUUUGUUAAAAAACUGCUUCCCAAUCAUUUCAGGCUGCUUGUGUUCUGCGAGUCCGCAUCUUGCAGGAGUAUCAUAUGG